AAGUCAACUUUGUUCUCCGAGCCCUUCUGGCCAUGUUGCCACGGUUGUUCGAAGUUCCAUCGAGUUAAUUGAAUAAAAUCACCAAGCAAUCGGCAUUUAACGAAACAAUAGUAACAAAUUAAACGACACUAAAACGGUAAUCAAGUGAGCAAUACAUCUCGAGACAGAAAUUAUCGGGUAAUAGGAAAUUGAGGAUUAAUGUCCUGUUCGGUUUCAACUGUUAAGUCACGAGUCCAUAAAUCGAAUAAGCAGUGGCUGCCGCCCGGAGCCGUUAUUCCGUGCGAAAACUCAUUUUGACUGAUUUUUGGGAUCAAGUCAACGAAAACUUCCACCAUUCCGCCAAUAACCGAGGGCCGACCCGCAGGGUGGCGUACAUUUGAUAAGGGUUGUAUCUGCGAUAGACUGGUUGGCCAGUCUGUUGUUGUGUCUCUGAGCAACAGUGUCAACUGGAAGUUGGCCCUGAACGCAGAGCCCCCGUGGCUUUGCUAGCACCCCCAACUCUGAUAUCGCAUUAACUCGCCUCCCCACGACACUCAAAAUUCUCACUGACAGCUGCCUCAUUGCUACCUAGCGUCCGCAGAGUACCACAAAUCAUCCUCCCAAACGCAACUACACAAACAAAUAAAUCAAUCCACAAGCCCCAAACGAAUAAUUCUUCAAGUAAUCAACAUGAAGGUGACAAAUUUGGACGAACGCAUCCACGUGUUGGACAGUGCAUCCAGCGUGAUGAGUGUCAUCACAGAGAUUGCAGAGAGUGGCCUCCAGGAGGAGGCCUUCUACGUAUUGGAUAUCGGUGAUAUUGUCAAGAAACACCAGAUCUGGAAGGAGAAGAUGCCGAGGGUCGAGCCUUACUAUGCAGUUAAGUGCAACGACUCUCUGAUUGUCAUAGAAGUCCUGGCAUCACUGGGCAUUGGCUUUGACUGUGCAUCCAAAGUGGAGAUCAACAAAGUCCUGGAGGUCGGUGUCGAUGCUUCGAAAAUAAUAUUCGCUAAUCCAGCUAAGCCUGCUUCCCACAUUCGUCAAGCUGCUGCUGCUGGCGUUGACACAAUGACUGUUGACAAUGAGAGCGAGUUACACAAGAUCAAGAAGCUCCAUCCAUCUGCCAAGAUUGUCAUUCGUAUUCGCUGCGAUGCUGAAGUUGCCCAGUGCCAGCUGGGAAUGAAAUUCGGAUGUGAUCCAGUGUACGAGGCACCGACCUUACUGCGUCUCGCUUCAAUGCUUAAUCUUAAUGUCGUUGGAGUCAGUUUUCACGUUGGCUCUGGAUGUCAGGAUCCUCCGGUCUUUUACAGGGCUAUUGGACAUGCAAGGGCUAUCUUCGAGAUGGCUAAGGAAAUCGGAUACAAACCUUAUCUUCUUGAUCUUGGUGGAGGCUACCCUGGGGACAAGGGAACCUCCAUUGACAAAAUCGCUGAUGUCAUCAAUUGCGCACUCAGCGAGUACUUCCCCAAUGACGACGUGCAUAUUAUUGCUGAGCCUGGAAGAUUCUACGUUGCAUCUGCAUUUACACUAGCUACGAGCAUUCACAGCAAACGAUCAGUUCGCAGUGACAAAAUGUCACCCCAUUCAGUUACUCAUAAUAUGUAUUAUAUUAACGAUGGUGUUUAUGGAUCCUUCAACUGUCUUCUGUAUGAUCACCAACAUGUUACUCCUAUUCCACUCAAGAGUGGCUGUGGAAAAAUGAUUCCAUCAAGCAUUUGGGGACCCACGUGCGAUGGCUUGGAUCAGGUUGUCGAAAAUAUGCUGAUACAGGAUAUGGAUCUGGGGGAUUGGAUAAUCUUUGAAAACAUGGGUGCCUACACUCUUCCAGUAGCUUCACCAUUCAAUGGCUUCCCAAUUCCCAAGGUUCACGUCGUUGCUGAGGAGAGCGUAUGGCUGUUGCUGAAGGACGCUCUUCCAUUAACCGAAGAUCACUUCGUAAUUGGUACGACUCCAGCAAAUCUCCGUCUCGGUCUGGACAUUGGAGGAUCCAAAGCCGACCAGUGGGCACCUCCACCCGUCGAUCUCAAUUCCUCUGGUAUUAUAAAUGAUCCACCAUCCUCUCCUUUUAUUUACGAAUACGUUGAAGUCGAACCGAUUAACUGAGUAAUGUUGAAAUUCAUAUUCACCAUUCCAACAGGCUACGCAUGAUAUCGAUGCAAAAAUAAUCUGCGUGGAAAUUUUUUUAAUAUCAGAGCAGUUAUUUCUUUCGAUCUUAUCGAAGCCAACGAAUUCACAAAUGUCCAUUCAUUUUGCGAUUAAUAUCGUGAAUAAUCGUCUCUCCGAUAAUUAAUUGAAUAAUUCCAAUUAUCAGGUGAAUUUAUCAACUUGUGAAAUGUUUGUUUAGAAUGGUAUCGAAAUUGCUUUUAUUUAUCUUUAUUAAUGGAAUUAAUAACCGAAGCAUUCCGAUCGUGGCUUCGAGAAGAAAAAUAAUCCCCCUAAUCAGCUUUAGAUGUUUUACAAACAGAUGCUAAUGGCAAAUAAUCGAAAAAUCUGAAUACUCGUUAAAUGUGUUGGACUCAGAUGUUGAUGAAUAUAGCAGGUGUAUCGCUCAAUCAAAUUUCGGCUGACUAUUUCCACUACAUGGCACGUGGAUAUUCCGAAUAAUUUAAAUUCUCAUAACUGCUGAAGUUAUAAGUUUCUUCUGGAUGCAAACUACGCACAAUGAACAAUGACAAAAUUAUUUUUUAAUUACCAACAUUGAAACUCGAGAUCUUCCUAAUUUUAUCGACAUUAGAUCAUAAAUUUUGCAAUUAAAUAACAAUCGCUAGGUCGAUUCAGUAGAUUUUAAACAAUUAUACGUGGUUGUAAAAUUAUAAUUAGUAGAUGUCAGAAUUAUCCAGAGAAACAUUAUUUGUGCAGUACAAUCUUUCGUACCUUUGUAUGACGAGAAAAAAACCAGAGGAAUAAUUAGGAUCGAACUGUAGAUGCAAGAGAAUAACAAAAAAAAAAACCAUGUGGAAAAAAAUAUUAUGUUGUAGGACGAAUUUUUCGUAGAAUGGAAAGAUGAUAAAAAUUGAAGGAAAAACUCUGCAGGAGUGCUAGCAAACUCUGAGGCAUUGAGGCAGCUGUCACAGGAAAUAAAACGAUGAAUAGUUUUCUCAUUGAUUAAUUACCCUAAUUGUAUUAUAUGUGAAACUCACUUACAUAAUUAUUGCCCAUUAAUUAUUCAAUUAGCUCGAUUUACGUGUGUAAUAAUGUACACUAGGUCAAUAAAAUUUAAUUUGAGAUGUAA